GCGACCGACCCCUUUCUUCCACAUCGCUCUGCCUCCGCUGCCCGCUCUCUCCCUGUCCUCCACUCUCCACUCCUCCCUCCCUCCCGUCGCAUGCUCUCCCACGUCGAGAUGGCACCCGCCGGGGCCGGCGGCGGCUUCAAGCUCUUCGGCAAGGUCAUCACGCAGUGCGUCGAGGGGACCCAGGCGUCGCCGUCGCCCGCGUUCGCCGCGCAGGACGAGGAGCGGCGGCUGCACGGCGAGACGGACCGGACGACGACGGCGGUCAAGCGGGAGGCGGCGGACACGGACUCGUCGCAGCAUCAGCAGCAGCAGCAGGGGGCGGAGGCGUCGCGGCGGACGCAGCUGCAGGAGUCGGCGGAGGCGCGCGCGGCCGCGGCGCCGCUGCCGUGCCCGCGGUGCCGGAGCCGGGAGACCAAGUUCUGCUACUUCAACAACUACAACGUGAACCAGCCGCGCCACUUCUGCAAGGCCUGCCACCGCUACUGGACGGCCGGCGGCGCGCUCCGCAACGUGCCCAUCGGCGCCGGCCGCCGCAAGAACCGCCCGCUCGGCCCCAUCGCCACCGUCGCCGGCCACCACCACCACCACCGCGCCGCCGCCGGCUUCGUCCUCGGCUUCCCCAGCCCCUCCUCCUCCCCCACCUCCCCACCGCCGGUGUACGCCGACCGGUGGCAGCUCGGCCCGGAUCGCCGGUUCUGAUCCCAUCCCGCCGACACAACCAUUGAUCGGCUCGUCCUUGGCCCAACCGGCCGCCCGGAAGACGAGGGUUCGGAUAGAGUUCGGUUUGACCCGCAGAAUCCUCUAAUGUGACGGGAAGGCCGGCUGGCUUGUACGUGAAGGCUCACUCGCACAAGACAUGGAAAAAGGAGGAGAAUUGGAAUGUCCCUUCACUUUUCUUUUCCUCCUUCUUCCCUUUGAUAUGCUAGCUUCCCUCCCUCUUGUUGUUAAUUCCUUACUACUCCUACUGUAGCAGUAUUCCUAGCAGUUUGCUUGCACUUGUUUCUUCUUCUUCUUGGGUUGGUCCGUCAGGUUUGCGUCGCCUGUGCCUGUGUAAUGUAAAAUGGAACAGAUCAGGUUGCGCGCUAGCAGCAGCAGCAAGUUGCCAGAAACA